UAGAUAGAAAGAUUUGAUUUGAUGAAUUAAUAAUAAUGGAUGGUGAUCAUCAUCCAAAAGUGGAAGAGGAGAGGGCGAAGCAGAGAAGGGAGGAGGUAAAGCAGAAAGAGAAGGAAGACGGAUCAAGGACGAAGCCACUAACAUUUGAAGCCUACGGUGGUGGAAUGUACGGUAGAGACGAGGGUGAAACUGAAAUAGCGGCAAAUAAGCCACCGGCCAGUGAGACGCAGAGUGCUGACGGACCUGAUGAAGCCACCACCCGACCCCCCAAGCCCACCGGCGACCGAGACCUUGAUAUCACUGACCAAACCUAUAUUCAGUAA